GCUUACUGUCUCAACAUAAAAAAAUAAAAACUCACAUGCAACACAAACCAUAAAGCUCUCAAGCUAAGCCAAUAUAUAAACCCUUUGGCCCCUAAACAACUUCCUUCAAAGCCACAUUCACUAGAUUCAAUCCAAAAUGGCGACAGGUUCUCGUGUUCUGAUCGGUCUAGCAAUGAUCCUUAUAAUCUCAGGAGAACUACUAGUUCCAGGGGAAGGAACGUGCCAAGGAGACAUCGAGGGUCUGAUGAGAGAAUGUGCUGUCUACGUCCAGCGUCCAGGCCCAAAGGUAAAUCCAUCCGUGGCGUGUUGCAAAGUCGUUAAGAGAUCAGACAUCCCUUGCGCAUGUGGCCGUAUCACACCCUCGGUUCAAAAGAUGAUAGACAUGAAUAAGGUUGUUCUUGUCACUUCCUUUUGUGGGAGGCCUCUCGCUCAUGGUACCAAGUGUGGAAGCUACAUUGUGCCAUGAGGUUUGGGACCAGACCUUAAGUGCUAUGGUUUUAUGGAAUAAAGUGUUUGUACUUUGGAGCCUUACUAGUUACCACUUAAAUCUACCCUUGCAAUCUCUAAUGUAUUGAUCCAAAUAAAUAUUAUUGAGCUUCAAUGUUGUUUAAAUUGAAUAAACCGGAUUAAUAAAGUAUAAUCUUGAUUGGUUCA